AUGUCUGUCUCGCGCAGGUCCGGGUUGCGCCGCAGCUCCUCCUCGAGGGUGACCGGCGGCAAAGGCGACGCGUCUGACAUUGCGGCUCUUCGUUUCUUGGUUGCUGAAAAUUACAAAGUGAAAAAGGCAAGUCGGUUUCUUGGAGCGGAACUGCGGAGGGCGGCCGGACUGCGACGUCGUUUGCGCAUUCGCCUCUUCUCUGAUGGUGAGCCCAGGGGCGGAGCGCCCCCGUUCAGUGGCGAAGCGCACCUUCAGCUUGGAGCCCUGAGCCCCCGAGGGAGGGACGCAAACCUCCAAACUUCCGUUCGAAGCGUUUCGGGACCUAAGAAAUUCCAGAUCGUCCGGGAUGUGGAGGUUAAGCUCUAUUUUGCUUCGAGACGGCGACUUCACCGCCGCCCUGCCAGCCGCCCCAGGCGCCGUCGCCCCCUCGUCGGGGGUUGGCUCAGCGCGUGGCUCAUCGCGUGGCCGCGCGCUCGCGUCCCCCGUCGGCCCAGCGGCGUGGCUCUCCUUGGCCAACUGGUCCGCCAGCUGGAAGACUUCGUUCUUGACGAGGCAGCCCCUGGGGCGCCGGCCGCCGCCGCGCGCCGACUUGUCCGAGUUGUUCUGCGCGGCGGCCGCCUCGUCCCUCUGCUCGGGCAGCGGGAGCAGCGUGGGCUGCCAGGGCCGCGCGUCGUCUUCGUCGUCGCUGAAGCACUUUUUGAGCAGGCGGCGCCUCUGAGCGGCGCGCAUCCGCCCGUCGCCCUCCGCGGCGUCGGCGCCGCCGCCGCCGUCGUCGCCGGCCGUCUCCAGCAUCUCCGAGAUGGCGCGCACGAAGGCCUCCUCGGGCGUGGGGGGCCUCCGCGGCGCCGCGUCCGCGCACUCCGAGUCCGACACCUUGCGCACGAAGGCGUCGAGGUCCUCGUCGUCCUCGGAGGGCGACGCCUGCAGGCGGUCGGCGCUCACGCCGCGCCCAGCCUUGGCCUGGACAGCGAGCCGCUUAGGCUCCGAAGCGCUCCGGCGAGGACCAGCCUGCAACACGAGCCCUGA